UCGCACCAGUACUCCUCUGACUCGGCGCGAACCGGUGAGGUGCAGUCGAUCCGGUCUUCGCCCAAUAACUCCUCCAACAACUCUGGCGGAAGCAGUGAUGCGGAGAACACAGGCACAGGCAACGACCUGCAGCAGGAGGUGGUUCGGGGUGCCCUGAAAGAGGCCUGCCUUCGUCUCGGUGGCCCUGGCCUCGUGGAUGUGGGCUUUGAUCCGGGAGAGGCAGAUACUGACGUCUCCACCUCCAUCCUGCAUCGAGUGUUCGCUGCCACUGGUGUAGACUCCGACAGGAAAAACGGUCUGCAUGUUAAAGGCAAUAAGCGAAAGGUAAGGCAUCUCAGUCACAUAGGAGUGCCUUUUAUGGGGCAGCCGAGGAUUCGUUUUCCUGCCAAUUUCGAUCGGGACUAUUAG